AUGCAUUCGCACCGAGCGUAUUGGAAGCGCACAGUCGCUCGGACAAAUCUGGCACGUGAACCAAACGCAAACGAGGCGGAGAAGAGUUCUUUCGGCUCCAAUCCAUCAUGCCCUGAGGAUAAUCUGAGCGAUAGCACUGGGGAACAAGGUGGCAUUCGGAGAACAUUCGAGCUUCCGUGCCGUAUCUCGCUCACCAUCUAUGGCCUGGAAUGGUUCAUCUACAAUCGAACACCGGCGUACGAUAACAUACUUGCGGGCUUUGGCUACAAACAGCCGUUUGCGCAUGAUGAGCAUGAGUCCGAGCGUCGCCCGACUCAACGUCCAUCAGAGGCUCGAUUUUCUGAAGAAUCUUGCAAUCUCAGAUCUAGACCUGCAGCAAGACCCGCGAAUGACAGGGGAUGCGAACCCAGUCCUGAUGCGCCGAACUCUCCAGGCUCAAGAGAUGCGAAAGCCGAGAGCCCUGAUACUCAAGGCCCAGUGUCACACCUGCUGCAACUACUUCCAGUCAAGCUAGAAUGCAAGAAAGGCGCCAUCGUUAUGGGAAAUGAGAAUACACGGUCUGUCUUAACCGUCACCUUUGAUAACGCGGAAGGCACAAUUGCCGCUUGCAGGUCGGGACCUCUGGACUUGUAUCGGCAGUUGUUCAAUUUGAAAUUCGAACAUCCGGUGAUCCACCUGAAGCCGAAUCCAGAUUUCAAACAAAAUCAAAUUGAUACUGCGAAGACCUUGAGUGCUACGCAUGCGCCUGAUUCUGACUGGAGACGUGGAGGUAAAAGAUCAUGGAGCUUUCCAUUUCGCAAACGCAAACUGUGGCACAGCAUUCGUGGUCUGGUUCCAUACUUCCAAAGCUCGGUUGAGUCAUUCGCUUCCAAUGCUAAGCAGGCUGGAAGCAAUCCUCGCAGACAAACCCAGGAUAUAGACAUGGGUUGGACUGGUCUAUCUCGGUUUCUAGAUGAGACGAGUGAUGACGACCACAACAAGUGGAAUUCGGUAGAGUAUGGUCGAUAUUCCACAAUUCUUGACAGUCCAUGCUUGCACGUGACGUAUUUCUGGGACGUUCCUGGUCGCGUUGGGUCUCAGGUCUUUGAGAAUGAGACAUCUAGCAACAUCAACAAUGCCUUACCUCCUCAAUGGGGUCUUGAUCUCAGAAUUGAAGGUGGCACUAUCAAUUACGGACCCUGGGCAGAUAGAGAGCGCAUUGGGCUUCAAAACGUGUUCUUCCCAAAUUUCUACCGUGACUCUGAGCCUGCGGAGCAAUUGGCGCCGGGAGUUCUUCGCCAAAGCACAGUAUUCAAAUUGCGACUCGAAGUAGAUGAAGAUCUCACCCUCCGCAUCCCUUCCAGAGAGCCGUCGAAGGACUGGCAGUGGAAAGGGCGCGCCGAUGCUGUCCGAGGUGCCUCGACGUCCAGGUCGCAGGGUGAAAAAAGAAGACUCGAUCAAAGGAGGCCGAGAAGAGUCAUUUGGGAGCUGAUAUCCGCCCUUUCGGAUGGCUUUCUCUCCGGGUCGGCCCAAAUUCAACCUUGA